AUGAAUCUAGCCAGAAUAAGGGAAAUAUCAUACCAGCGUGGGAGGGCUAGGGUUUGGAAUGCCAGAGAAAUCGGGGGAUCUGAGCAAGCAUUUGGGGGCGGCCCGGUUGAGGAUCCGGCAACGGGGGUCGAGGAAGCAGGCGAGACUGGACCGUGCCGACGCCCUUCACCGGCGCUCACUCCGGCGGCUGGCCCGCUAGAUCUAUCGGGGGAGAUGGCUGCUCCAUGCUCCUGCCGGCAGCGGGGUCUGGCCCAUGGCAGCGCGGUAGGGGCCGUGUCGGUGAUCCCUAGCUGCGAGGUCGGGGAGGGGUUCCAGCGCCGGCGGCUAGGCGAAAUGCGGCGGUGGUGUGCGAUGCGGAGGGGAGAAGCCGAGAAGAAGAAGGCCUGUGUCUGGACUGGAGAUCCGUUGAAAAGGGUCCGGAUGAGUCUUCCAGACAGAGAUUGGAUUUGA